AUUUUGACCACGCCAGGGCCGCCAACUCACGCUCGGCCUAGACGUUUAACGGCCGAAAAGCUGAAAGUGGUAAAGCAGGAAUUUCGCAGCAUGCUGUCACAAGGUAUCUGCAGAGUUUCUAGUAGCAGUUGGGCAUCCCCAAUUCACAUCGUGCCUAAAAAGAAGAAUGGAUGGCGCCCCUGCGGUGACUAUCGCCAACUCAACGCAAGGACCACUCCAGACCGGUACCCAGUUCCACAUAUAGAAGACUUUUCUGCAAAUGUUCACGGUAAGACUAUAUUUUCUACCAUUGAUCUAGUUCGAGCUUACUAUCAGAUCCCUGUAGCUGCAGAAGACAUUCCUAAAACAGCGGUGACAACACCAUUUGGUCUAUUUGAAUUCACCCGAAUGCCAUUCGGACUAUGUGAUGCCGCCCAGACCUUCCAACGUUUUAUGGAUGAGGUUACAAGAGAUUUAGAUUUUUGCUAUGUGUAUAUAGAUGAUUUAUUGGUGACGUCUGCAUCGGAAGAGGAGCACUUACAGCAUUUGGCACAAGUGUUUAAUGCACAGGGUAUUCGACUGCCACAUAGUAAAGUAGAGGCCAUAAACAAAUAUCCCCGCCCUGUCACAGUCAGAGAAUUACGACGAUUCAUUGGAGUAGUGAAUUUCUACCAACGCUUCAUUCGCAAUCAUGCACUGAUAACUGCACCAUUGAAUGAACUACUUAAAGGCGCACCUAAACCUAACCACAGUCAGCGUUUUGACCAUGUGCAUGUUGACAUCAUCGGCCCACUCUCGACAUCGGAAGGCUACAGUUAUUGCCUCACGGUGAUUGACAGAUUUACUAGGUGGCCUGAGGAAUUUCCAAUGAAGGACAUCACUGCAGAAACUAUAGCUCAAACAUUUUUUCGUGGUUGGAUUGCCCGGUUUGGAGUUCCACUGAGAAUUACAACUGAUCAAGGACGACAAUUUGAAGCCUACGUUUUCAAAGCAUUGGCUACGUUAUUGGGUACGAAACGCAUACGCACCACGGCAUACCACCCCGCAUCAAACGGCAUGGUUGAGCGUCAUCGACAGUUAAAGGCAGCACUGAGAUGUCACGCAACACCGAAGUGGACAGAGACACUACCUAUCGUACUUUUGGGUCUACGAACGUCAUUCAAAAAUGAUCUGAAAGCAACAGUAGCAGAACUGGUGUAUGGACAAACGUUACGCCUACCAGGAGAAUUUCUGCACAGCAUGGCAGAUGAUACAAUCACAGCCUCAGAAUUCGCCACAAGAUUAAGAGAGCAUAUACGUCAAUUGAGACCAGUAAUGCCCAGAAACCAGCUUGGUAGACACUCGUUCGUUUUUGCGGAGCUAGACAAGUGCACGCAUGUAUUCUUACGCAAUGAUACUGUGCGUAAACCACUGCAGCCACCAUAUGACGGACCAUAUCUGGUAGUCAGUAGGGAUACCAAUACUUUCCGCAUAAUGAUUAACGGUACACUCACCACAGUUGCAGUGGACCGUAUCAAGCCUGCAUUUCUGGACGCAACAGACACCACAGCUACCACUGAACACAAACCAGAGAACACAGGAGAAGCUACAAGAUGUGUUCCUGUACCCCAUGAACACCACAACGCUCAGCGAACACCAAGACCGACGUCGAGGACCACUACACCACUUCCUGACACAACCACUGACACACGUGACGCACCGCCCGGUUUCAAGAAAGAAGUAGUUACAAGAGCUGGACGCCGUGUGAAAUUUAAUCUGCGGUAUCGUUAG